AUGUUGGAACCCAAAACUAAGCUUUUGGGUAGAGGUGAAGGCAUAGAAUCAAGACCAACAAAUGUAAUGUCAAAUAUUAAUAACAUAAAACCUACAUUUCUUAUUUAUAAUCCCCCAAACUGCAAAUUGUCUUCUAUUGAUAAAUCCAAUGCAUGUAACUAUAAUCAACGUCAACGACAUUCACAGCAAAAACAGCAUCAUCCAUUUACACGCGAAAAAUAUAACGUCACUGGUACACAUAAUUAUACAUUAAAUGGUGAAAAUCAUGGUAAAAAUCGCAAUUUGCACAAAAAGCACAAAUCUAAACAAACGGUAUAUGGAUGCAGUGGUAAAGAGGUGAUGGGUUUGGCCUGGUAUUUCGCCAGUGCAACGGGAAAUAUCAUAGGGUCAAUAGGAAAACAAAUUGGGAAAGAUGUUAUAAAUACAAUAUUUAAUCCUGACCCUACAUACAACUCCAUAAGAUCUUAUUACUAUUAUCAAGAUUAUCCCAACUACCAUAGACAACCUCAGCACAUGAUUACCCAGCGAAUUGAUUAUGACGAAAUGCUGAAACAGUCAAAUAUGAAUAUGAUGUAUGGUAAUUAUAAUCAAAACAAUUUGUCGGACAUUGCCAACAUGAAUGGUUUGAUGAAUUUGGCUAGUUUAUUUGGAGACAAUCCUCCCUUUGGCCAGACAAGUGGUCUAGGAAAUAUGGAUAAUUUGGAUAACAUUGGCAACAUGGGACAAAUGACAGCAAAUGAUGGAAUAAACCCCCUAAUAUUUAACCGAUCUAGUGCUACAAAUCGUACUGGCCCACCUGAUUUUUUUUAA